ACUCGAGAAGUACGCAGCUAGCUUAAUUUGUUGCCCCAAUACUUAACUUCCAGCACGUACUACAAAAUACAGAGGCAAACAGAUCAAUGGCAGGUUUCAACAGCCAAAGAUGGUCUCUGAAGGGUAUGACCGCCCUCGUCACUGGUGGAACGAAAGGCAUUGGAUAUGCCAUUGUUGAAGAGCUUGCCGGACUAGGGGCGACGGUGCAUACAUGCGCUCGUAAUCAAGAACAGAUCAAUGAGAGGGUUCGAGAAUGGACGAACAAAGGUUUUAAAGUGAGCGGCUCAGUUUGUGACCUCACAUCUAAGUCUCAAAGAGAGGAGCUCAUGAGAACUGUGUCCUCUAAGUUUGACGGCAAACUUAACAUCCUUGUAAACAAUGCAGCAACAGUCACGCUAAGAAGUACCACAGAUUAUGCUCUGGAAGACUUGUCAAGUAUGAUGAGUACAAAUGUUGAAUCCCCCUACCAUCUUUGUCAAAUUGCAUAUCAUCUCCUCAAGGCCUCUGGAAAUAGCAGUAUUGUUUUCGUUGCCUCCAUUGCUGGCUUAAAAGCUCUACCUAGACUAUCUGCCUAUGCUGCAACGAAGAGUGCCGUCAUUCAGAUUUCAAAGAACUUGGCCUGUGAAUGGGCUAAAGACGGAAUUCGAACAAACACUGUAGCACCUUGGGCUGUUAACACCGGAGUUAAAGUUGAAAACGAUGACCACUCUGACGACUUCAGAAGGCUAAUAGGUCGAACGCCCAUCCGUCGUGUUGCGGAACCUAAUGAAAUCUCAUCCAUCGUCACUUUUCUAUGCCUUCCUGCUGCUUCUUAUAUCAAUGGACAAGUUGUUUGUGUUGAUGGAGGAUUUACCGUCAGCGGUUUCUAGGAAACUCCUUGUGGGAUCGAUUGCCAGUGAAUCCCUAGCUCCAUUUUCUGUAACAGUAAU